UGUAAACAAAGAAGUGUGAGCAGCGUUAGCUUCACUGCUGUGUGGACUGAGCUGUGAAACAGCUGUAUUAUAGUAUCAGUUAAAAAUAUCAGAACAUUAAAGCAACGAUGUCUCCAGUUGAUUAUCUGAGAGAGUUGAUCAGCGACAGACUAACUGCUGCUGCUGGAGAAAUAUUCACAGAGUUUGAAAAAACCAUCGUCCAGUACCAGGAGGAGAUCGAUCGUCAGCGCAGACUGCUGGAUGUCAUCUGGAAACCACACAUCCCCUUACAAUCCAUAGAGCUCCCACAGUCUUAUGUCUGUGAGAAUGAGAAGACUCUCGUUGACCAUCAGCCCCAUGACCAGGAGAGAAACUCCAUGGUGGACCAUGAGGACCCAGAGCCUCCACUGAUUAAUGACCAGCAGGAGGAACUCUGCACCAUUCAGGAGGAAGAGCAACUCAGAUUGAAACAGGAGACUGAUACCUUUGUUGUGACUCCUGCUUAUGAGGAAAGUGAUCACAGUGAACCACAACCAAACACUGAUCAGCUCCUGUUUCACAUCUCUUGUGCAGCUGAGACCCCAGAUCAGGAAGGAAGCAAGGAUGUAGACUCAGGAUCAACUAGAUGUAUCAAGCUGAAGCCAAGACAUCACAGUACCAGCAUUCACAGUAAUGAUGUAGACAAUGCUCCAGUGUCAGAGAGACAGUGUGAUAAUGACAAAGCAACAAAUUCUCUAACAUGCGAGGUCUGUGGAAAAGCUUUUGGGCAGAAGUCAGGUUUAAGAAAACAUCACAGAACCCACACAGGUGAGAAGCCAUAUUCUUGUGAAAUCUGUGGACAAAGCUUCAGUCAACGGGCCCAUUUGACUGCCCACAUGAGACGUCACACAGGUGUGAAACAUUCAAACAAGAGGAAAUGGUUACUGAUAUAGACUAGUUCUGUAUGUGCAUGGCAGCAAAUGAAUUUAGCAUUGAAGAUUACCUGAAGCACUGUGAAUCCACUGCCACACUGAAAGACAACAGCAGAACAUCAUAAGUAUGCAGCAUUUCAUUUGUUGUGUUCUGUUACUGGUCUCUAACUGCUGUUUGUACAUCAUCUACAAUCUUACACUGACAUACAUACAGACAUACAUCUUUAAAAAAUACAAUCAUUUUCCAUAAUUAAAAUGUAUUUUUGGCCGUGAUUUAACAUCAGACUUUUUUAGAUUUCUGUAGAAAAUUAAAUUAUUCCAUAUGCAUAAUAUUAAUAUAUAGAAUUAGAUGAUAGCUAUAAUGUUAAACAAUGUAUAUAAUGAUGAAAACUGUAUUUUGUAGCAGAUUACAAGUGCUUAUAGAUAUUAUGCAAUGAUGAAAACACAUUCAUUAGUUAUUAUUUUUGUUGUGAGAGCUUCUGUAAUUAUUCAAGGUAUCUCUCAUUUACCAAGCAAAUAUAUGCAAUUUUACAGGACCAAUACUUAGACUUUCUAUUUGUCACUAAUUGUACAUGUAAUUUUUGAAGCAUAUUCAUAUUAAACUUGAAUAUAAGAGUAUCUGAGAAUGAUAAAUUUGCAAAUAUAUCUACAGUCUUUUUAUGACAAAAGAAUGGGAAAUAUAUGGUUAUUCAUAGCUACAGAUUUUUAAUGCUACUUUACAUUAGAUGUGUUCAUUCAUAAUGUGUUUUUGUAAUUUUAUUGAUUUGUGUAUUUCAAAAGUAACGGACAUAAAUUAAAUGCAAAACUUCUUUUAUUUUACAGUGUAUGUAAUCAGUGGGAUUAAUAUUACAACAGCGAGUAGGAAUGUCAAAGGUCAUGUACGCAUAAAGAAGGCAAUUUUCACAGUUUAUUUUGGUUGUUCCAUCCUAUUCAUACAACUAAUGGACACAAACUACACACAAAGCUGAGGUGUGUGUGCCAUGCUGUGCCGUAAACCAGCUCUCAUUCUUUGCCUGAAAUAUCUAAUACAGGUAGUUCUCAAACCUAGUUCAAAGAUUAUUAAAAGCAAAUCCAGGGUGCCCAGGUAGCUCUCAGCUGGAGGAAUGGGCGACCCGUAAACAGGGGCUGUAAUCCCAGACACAACGGUCAUGGGUUCGAAUCCAACCCAUGGCCAUUUAUGUCAUGCAUGUCAUUCCACCACUCUUCUACCCACGUUUCCUGUCUGUCUCUUCACUGUCCUAUAUAAUUAAGGCAAAAGGGGCCAAAAAAAUAACAUAAAAAAAGCAAAUCACCUGAGUCAGGAAUGUAUUUGGGGCUUCCACUUCCUGUCCUCCAGGCCUGUUGUUUGGUUGGCAGCCACAACUUCGAUACAGCCUCCUAAAAAGGAUUCAAGUCACUCAGUAAACAUUAUUUUCUGCCUGUUGUUGUCUUUAUGAGAAAUCCAAACUUCUCGCUUUGCACUGCUCUGUAUAUUAUGUCUAAAUUUUCAAAACGUUCUGUAUUAAAUGCACACAGAUUUUAGUACCAUUCCUCAAUUUUGCCAGCAACAGUAGCAAGAAACAACAAAGCAAAGUGGUAAGAUGACGAGAAAUGAUGGAGUCUGAUUCAAACAUAGCUCCUACCCUAAACCUAACCAAGUUGGACACUUAACCGUACAUUAAAGGGGAACUUGCUUUUUGCCCCUCAAAGGAAGGCGAGCCCCUAAGGUGAAAGUGUAAACUCGUUUAAGUCCCAACAACAGGAGGAGUAACAAACACACACCUCAGUGUCCUGUGAUAGCAAAGACCAAGCCACAAACUCCAGAAAAGGAAGGAUCGCUGUCACUUUCGAUUCUUUCAGUCCUUUGGGAUACAGCAGCUUCUUCAGCUCCUCAUCAGACACACCAUUAGCCUGGUAACGCACACACACACACACACACACACACACACACACACACACACACACACACACACACACACACACACACACACACACACACACACACACACAC